AUGCACUUCGCCAGAAACUCUGCCCUGGCUGGGCUGGCUGUCAUCCCCCUUGCCUUUGCUCAGACUUACACCACCUGCAACCCUAUGGAGAAGACAUGCCCUAACGAUGUUGGACUCGACUCUGCUAGCUUUGCCUGCGACUUCACCAAGGGCAAGUCGGCUCUUGCUAGUUGGAGUGCUGCGACCGGAACUUCUCUUACCUACGAUGGCUCAAAGGGUGCACAGUUCGUCAUCAAUGGCAAGAACCAGGCACCAACCAUCUCGUCUGACUUCUACAUCUUCUUCGGACGUGUCGACGUUACGAUGCAAGCAGCUCCUGGUGUUGGCAUUGUGAGCAGUAUGGUUCUCCAAUCCGAGGAUCUGGACGAGAUUGACUGGGAAUGGCUCGGCGGCGAUACUACCCAGGCCCAAACUAACUACUUCGGCAAGGGUAACACCACUUCAUACGAUCGCGGUACUUACCAGAGUGUGUCAUCACCUCAGACAACCAUGCACACUUACACCUUUGACUGGACCAAGGACAAGGUUGACUGGCUCAUUGACGGCGUGAUUGUUCGCACUCUCAAGUACGCUGAUGCCGUUGGCGGUGAGAACUUCCCUCAGACCCCUAUGCGCCUCAAGUUGGGCAACUGGAUUGCUGGCGAUCCGGCCACCAACGCCAAGGGUACGAUCGAGUGGGCUGGUGGUGAGACGGACUUCUCCCAGGCUCCUUUCACCAUGUACGUCAAGUCUGUCAGCGUCACCAACUACAACCCGGCCGGAGCAUACCAGUGGACGGACAAGACUGGCAGCUACGAGAGCAUCAAGCUGUCUACUGCCGUGGUCUCCAACAGCCUCAACACCGUCGCUCCUACCUCGGCCAUCAGCGUUAAGAAGGCUCAGGCUCAGGGCAGCGAUGCUGUUGUUGCCACCUCCAACUUCACUUUGUCUGCCUCGUCGACACUGAGCUCUGUCAUUAGCAGUGCCAGCGCCAAAGUCACCUCAUCUACCGCAGCUGCAUCAUCAUCCGCCGCAUCUAAGAGUUCAUCUUCCAGUUCUUCUGCUUCGGCCACCUCGAGCCAGCCCGCACAGCAGAGCACCAACGCCGGUGUCUUGAACACUGUCGCUACUGGCCUUUUCUCCGCCGUCGGAGCCGCCAUGGCCUUCUUGAUCCUCUAA